AAAGAGGUGAUUAUGAAUUUAUUGAGCCUAACGAAGCUGUAAACACGCAGUACCACACCCUCACCGAUAGAGGGCAGACGUUUUCCUAAGAAUCCAACCAGAGUGCUGAGAAUCCCACGAAGAAGAGAAACCCGGAACAACAACAUCCGGCCUGAAGUGGCUCAGUGUGAAAAAGAGAAACUUUCAACAUGAGAAACUAAAGUGAGACUCGCCGACAUGUUGCGUGUGGAGGCGCUGGAGCCGCAGCUGUGUGCGGUGAUGGAGACUCUGGUGGAGGCGGCGGUGACGGAGCUCCGCAGACUGAUGGAGGAGGAGCGGGCCAACGUCCGGACCGCAGCCGCUCUGCAGCGCUCCGCUCCGGCUGCGGUGAAGAGGGAGGAGGAGGAGGGGGAGGGGGAGGAAGAAUCUCUACAGAGCCAGUUUGCAGCGCUCAUGGAAACAUGGACCAAAGCUGCCGGGAAGAAAAUUUUGACCAUUCUGAAAGUGUCCAUGUGUGAAGCUGAGGAAGAACCAGAGCUGAACGACAAGAGCAAUCAGUCAAACGUGAAGCCGACAGCAAAAUCGUCAACCAGAAGAAGCAAAACGGAGCGAGGACGUGAACCAGCAAAAAGAAAGAAGAGUGAGAGAGAGAAUCACAGAGCGGAUGCAGCCUCACAUGAAGACAGAACCUCUGGAUCCCAGUUUGAACCUGACGACUUGUUAACAGAGCUCAGUUCAGAGCAGGCCCCUGAGUUGGCCCCUGACGUCAGCGAGGACGCUUCUACAUCCAAGAUCACAAAGAAGAAGAAGAAGACGACUGGAUCGUUCAAAUGUCCUUCAUGUGACAAGACGUUCGCUCUGAAGUGUUUGAUGGAAAGACACCACCGCACUCACUCCAAGCCUCACCUCUGCUCACAGUGUGGCAAACGUUUUUCGGUACUCGCCGGGCUCAUCGCACAUUCGCGACGCCACACCGGAGAGAAGCUUUAUAAAUGCUCAGACUGCGAAACAGAGUUCGCUUACAAAUCCACCUUUGUGAGACACAUGCGUCAGCACAGCCAGAACUCACCAAACACCGUCAUGUGCACGCUGUGUGAGAACCACUUCAAUGGUACGCUGGCGUUUCAGCGGCACCGGUGUUUUGCCCUGAAUAAGACGUUUGUUUGCUCCCUUUGUCCAGAGACAUUCGAGUGCAGACAAAGUCUGGCCGAUCAUGAGAAUCUACAUUCAGGAGUCAGAGAUUUUGUGUGUGAAAUGUGUGGCGAGAGUUUCCUCUCGUCCUCGUCUCUGAUCAGUCACCGGGUAACUCACAUGGAGAAGGAGACCUGCUGCGACCAGCUCGGCCUCGGAUGCAGCGACCUGAGCAUCCUCAGACUUGCCCUGAACAAACACACUGGAGAAAAGCUUUUCACCUGCGAGGUUUGCGGUAAAGGCCUCAGCCACCAGAGCGCCCUGAAGCACCACAUGCUGACCCACACGGGGGAGAGGUCGUACGUCUGCGAGAUGUGCGGCAAGCGCUGUAGCCACGCCAGCGCGCUUCAGAACCACAUGAGGGUCCACACGGGGAGGAAACCGGGGCAGCUGUCGGUCUGCAACGUGUGCGGGAAAGAAUUCAGCCGCACGACGAGACUCAAAUAUCACAUGAGCGUCCACACGGGGGAGAAGCCUUACUUCUGCGAUCAGUGUGAUAAAAAGUUCAGCAACCCCAGCAAUCUGAAGUUACACAUGAGGACUCACUCCGGGGAGAAGAUGUACGGCUGCAACAUCUGCGGCAGGAAGUUCACUCACGCCAACAGCCUGAAGGUGCACAGGCUGAUCCACACCGGAGAGCGGCCGUAUCGCUGCGGGGUCUGCGGGAAAGAAUUCACCAAAGGCAGCGACUUCAGGAGACAUCAGAGGGCUCACCAGUCAGAGGGAGCAGGAGACGGAGUGUCAAUGAAAACCUGAAACGUUUCACUGAACACUGAGAGACAUUUUUUAUAUACACACACAGGAAACUGCUCAAUGUGAAGAAAGACACUGUGAGACAGAAGAAACUUGUCGACUGAUUUUUAUACAGACGUUUCUAUCACCAGGUGUAUUUGUCACUUUGGAUUUUCCCCCUCACGCUCUUAUUGUAUAAAGUAUUAUCUUUGUUUUGUGUUUUGAUUUAUAUUGAGCUGUAUUUUUAUAAAUAUAUUUGUUUUCAUUUUUCUUAUUUGAUAUUUUUCUAUUACAUUGCUCUUAUAGCUGAGCCCCGAGCCGUUCCUCUCAUCUAACUCUUGAACUGUCGACCGUGUUACACAAACUAAACUUGAGCUGGUAUUUCAUUGUAGAUCGAUCAACGACACUGUGAGUUUAAAUGUCAUUUAUUAUAUUUACCUUAUUUUCUUCUCAGUUGAGUUUCUAGAAAGUUCUCAACUUUAGAGAAUUACCUCCAGAUCACAACAGUGGGUGUUGACACUGUGAUUUUUUUAACACAAAGACUUCAUGUGAAGAUGGACGACAUGACGACUUCCCAAAGGUGAAACCAAAGCCUCUUGAGUGUCCAUAUACUUAUGUCAAUGUAUUGUAUACCAUUGUAGAACAUUAUUAUUAUUAUUAUUAUUAUUGCUCCUGGGAAGCAAGAAACAAUUCAGUUCAUUAUUUUAUAGAUUUACUAAUAAAUUAACAAGAACAUAAUUAUAAAGUCACCAAGUUUGUUUAACAUAUUCGUCUUUAGCAGGAGCUUUGUUUUUUAUUCCACUUGAUUGGUUUUUACUGCAAUCGCACAAUUUCCUCACAUGUGGCUAAUUUGCUUUGUCGUUUAACAAAAGAAGCGGACGAGGGGGUAAAAGAGGCCGAUAAAGAAAACAGACGACCUAAAGCAAUUAACUCUUCGUCCUUCGUGUAAAAAGUAGUGAGGAGGAACAGACUCGGAGUCACAGUCGCACAAACAGCUCAGUUUGUUGAUUUUCUCAGAGAGAGAGUUUCUACUGGGUUGGAAUAAAGACAUGAACUUGGAACUUUGAUAUUGUGUUGCACUGAUACACAAUCAUUCAUGAUAUACAACACAGAUACAUGAUCUUUUCAACAGACACUGUGAAACUGUAAGAUCUUCCACUAGAUGGUGUUAGAGGAUCAACGAGUGAAGCUUUAACAUUAACAUUCAGCUCAGCUCGUGUUGGUGCAACAGGAUGAUGCCUCUGAGAUAAAGAUCAUCAACAGGUGAACGUCCUGUUCUUUACUUUCCUUCAACUACAACAUCUGUCUUCAUGAAACCUGCACUGAUGUCAUUCAAGUUUUACAAGAGGAUGACAUUCAGAGAUUUUAUUCUCUGUUUAAAAAAAAAC